AUGGCUGACCUCCAAGUAAUAUCAAGAUUCGCGAUCAUCUUCACCUUCAUUGCGUUCCAUGCAAUUUUAACUUCCGAGGGAAGGUCGAUAAAAUCGGCAUGGAAGGAUGAAUUCCGUUCAAUAAAUAACAAAAUCCAAAUGCAUGAACAAGCAUCACGAUUUCUCACUCCGAGUCAGUCUCCUAGGAUUGAUGAUCGUUCUGAUGCGGGUAAGAAAACGGUUCCUUCACCUACAGCGCAAGAUCAGGUGGUCGAUUCGGGCAAGUCAGAGGCAGUGAACAAGGAUGAUUUCCACCCCAUGAACCUCUGGAGCAGCCCGGGAGUGGGCCAUUCUUUCGUUGGCUUAAAGAAGGAAGCUGUUCGACCGAAAGCUCCGAGCCACGUUGAGGAAAGGCUAACCGUUAUGGGGACACCAGACGAUUUCGAAUCCACUAAACCAGGUCACAGCCCUGGUGUCGGCCAUGUUUUUGAAAGCAAGAAUGAGGAACCAAAAGCCUAA